AUGGCUCAGCCCCAAACUCAAAUGCCUUCUAGGGAGUUCUUGUGGGAUAUGUUUCAGAAGUAAGAUAACUAGAAUUUGAUGUAUAAAAACAAAUAAUUUUAUUUAAUUAAAGUAUUCACUUAAUAUAGAUUGGAUAAAGACAGAAGUGGUUCCAUUACAGCUAAUGAAUUGCAAACUGCACUGUCUAAUGGCACUUGGACACCUUUCAACCCAGAGACGGUUCGAUUAAUGAUGAGUAAGUCUAAUAUGAGUAUAUAAGUAAAAUAAUUUCAAAAUACAAAUAUUAAAAAAAGAUUUUUAACAUAGAAGUUUAAUCUUGAGGUUAUCAUAAUGCAAAUAAUUUUUUUCUUCCAAAGAGCACUUUAACACACCCCUUAUUUUUACUACCUUAUGGUUUCCCCAAAUAAAUUUAAACAUCUUCAGAAUCAAUGUUAAAAUAUACGACAUCAAAGAAAAAAUUUAAAAUUGUAAUGGGCGUGAUAAAGUGAACUUGUUCAUGAAACUACUUAGGAAGCAAACUGUAUAAAUUACAUUACAUUUGUGUUAAACUAUUACUAAUAUUGUUUAUCACAAUUCCAUGUAUGUGACAUGAUAUACUUAAAGUAUAAACUAAUUGAUGAGGUUAUCAUCAAAAUAUUGUCACACAUUUUAUAAUUGGUGUUUUAUUUAUAAAAUCAAUUUUAAAGGCCUAUUCAUUUGUUUUAUGUGAAUACAUUUUUAUUUUAUUUUUUGUUAAAAAGAUACUGGUUUUUGGUUAAUAAAUUAUAAUAUUUAAAUUGCCUAUGCUCAAUAAUAAAUUAAUUUAAAUAUAUUUGUAUAGGUAUGUUUGAUAAAUCAAAUACAGGUACUAUAUCAUUUGAUGAUUUUGGUGCAUUGUGGAAGUAUAUUACAGAUUGGCAAAAUUGUUUCCGUUCUUUUGAUAAAGAUAGUUCAGGAAAUAUUGAUAAAAAUGAACUUCGAGCUGCAUUGCAAACGUUUGGAUACAACUUAAAUGAAACAACUGUUACUACAAUGUUACAAAAGUUUGAUAGACUUGGCAAAGGGACUGUACUAUUUGAUGAUUUCAUACAAUGUUGCAUUAUGCUUAAUGUAAGUAAAAUUGUUGGAAGAGUUUAAUGGAUAUCAGUUUGAUUUAACAUUAUAAGGGACUGCCUAAUUUGCUGAACUGGGGCUUGAUCUAGGUCAAUAGUGUUAUAAAGGAAUUGAUAAACAUUUAAUACAUUUUUAAUAUUAGUAUGAUUUAAAUAAUAAUGCAGAAAAAAAUAAUCAAUGUUUAAUAUUGAAACUUAGACUACACAAAUAAUUUAAAAGUUCAUUGUUUGAAAAAUUAAUAUUAAAAUUAUUACUAACCUUUAUAUUAAUUUCAAAGUCAUCAAUGAAUAAUAAAAAAUGACAGUGGUGAAUACUAUUUUUAAUACCAUUGAUGAAGAGAAAAAAAUAGUAAUGGAGAAAGAUGACCCCCAUGUAGCACAUUUGAAGGGACAUUGACUAUUGUAGAGUACUAGAGUGAACUCCGUGAAUAAUAUUGUAUUAAAAUCAACGAGGAAGUCAUAGACAAGUUUAGUUUAGAUUUUUGUUUUUUUUUUUAAUUAAGAGCUAUUUUCUAAGAGUUUAUUAUAUUUUUUCUUUUCGUGGUCUUUUAACAAUAGGCUUGAGUAAUGAAAAGUAACAGUUAAAGGAAAGAUACUAGAGGUAAAUAAAAGUAAAGUAGAAUAUGUAUUUGAAGGAACAGGAGAAAACAGGUAAUGACAAUAAGCGGUAAUAGGUAAGGCUGAGAGUUCUAAGUAUCUACCUAAGAUCUUUUGAACUGACAUGGCUUUCAUGAGAAUGAGAAAUAGGAUUAAGUGUGGUUGGAAAAAGUGUAGAGAAGUGUUAGGGGUUUUAUGUGUAAAAAAAUUUUCAAUAAGACUUAAAGUUAAGUUCUAUAUAAGUGGUUAAACUAAUUAUAUUGUAUGGUUGAAGUGUUUGACUGUUGACAGAAAAAUAAAACAGUAUGAAUGUAGCAGUAAUGAGAAUGCUCAGGUGAAUGAGUGUAGUAACAGGGAGAAGAUAGGAUAAGGAAUGACUACUUAAGAGGUAGCAUAGGCAUGGUUUCGAUAGUAAAUAAACAUAAGAGGAAAAAAGUAGAAAGGAAAACUAUACAGAUAGGUAGUUGGAUGCAAUUGAGAAUGAUAUGAACAGUUGGUGUAUGUAAAGUGAGAGAUCAGGUUAAAUGGAAGUUUAGAACGAGGGUGGUCAAUCCCAAAUUGUUGGAAUAAAGGCAAAGAAGAUAUAAAAUAUAACUAUAAUAGAAUUCUAGUUUUUAUUUUUUUGUGAUUGAAAUUUUGUUUAUUUUUAAAUAAUAUUAACUACAAUAAUUAUGUUUAUAUAGUGAUUACAAUUUAGUAAAAUAACAAAUGAAAAAAAAAUUAUAAUUUAUUAUUAAAUCAAAAAAUCAGUCUAAUUGAAGAAGGAAAUAAUUAAUAAAAUAGUGAGUUAAUCAUGAGGAAAGUUAAUUUCACAUUAAAAAAGACAUAAUAGGAAUUUAUUUAAGUAGAAAUAUAAUUACAUUAAGAUUCCACAGAUAGAAAGAUUCUUUUUUCUAAAAUAUCAAUGUACUUCUAGUCAAUAGCCAGAAGAAUUAAUCUUAAUAUUAGCUAGCUACAAUUUAAAUAAAUAAGUGGUUAGUUACUACACAAAACAAAUAAUAAUUCAUUGUUAUUAUUUACCUAUUUAUUUUAUGCAUCGUACUAUGUGUUUUCUUAGUUUUUGUAUUUACCUUUUUAAUUAGUUACUUAUGCUUUACUUUGUGUACAUAUAUACAAUACUGCAUUAUUCUUAUUUUUCAGAACCUAACAACAGCAUUCCGCCAAUUUGAUACUGAUCAAGAUGGAGUAGUUACAUUACAUUACGAACAAUUUGUUGGGCUAGUGUUUAGUGUUAAAGGUUAG